AUGUCGAUUUCAACUAUUAGACGUCAAGUAAAAAAUGUCGCCUAUAAUUUCUCGGACGCACAAGUUAAAGUUCGAGAAGCCACCAGCAAUGAUCCUUGGGGACCCUCUACGGCACUGAUGUCCGAAAUCGCAGAUCUAACACAUAAUCCAAUGUCGUUUACUGAAAUUAUGUCAAUGCUCUGGAAGAGAUUAAAUGAUCAUGGGAAGAAUUGGAGGCAUGUGUAUAAAAGUCUUGUUCUUUUGGAUUACUUGAUAAAGUGUGGCAGUGAGAAAGUGGCUCAACAGUGUCGAGAAAAUAUCUACUCGAUUGAAACGUUGAAAGAUUUUCAGCACAUUGAAGAUAAUAGAGAUCAGGGUAUGAAUGUACGGGAGAAAGCAAAACAGAUGGUUAGCCUACUGUAUGACGAAGAACGACUAAAAAAUGAACGAACAAAGUUCAUGAUGACUAGGAAAAAGUUCAUGUCUGGUUCUGGUAUCUCUUCAGAUGAUUCUGUACGACACAUGCGCAAAAUCGAUACUGGUCCUGGCUUUGAAUCAGAAUUGGAAGACGCACGACCGGCAAGUGCUGGUGAAGAAGAAAUGCAGUUGCAGAUUGCGCUUGCGCUCUCACGGGAAGAAAGUGAGAAGGAAGAAGAACUAAGGAAGAAGGAUGACAUUGGGUUACAGAUGGCAUUAAAUGAGAGUCGCCGUGAAAUCGAACGAAUGAAUUCCAUGGAUGCUGUCGGUCAAAAUACAGUAUCAAGUUCAACUCUUUCGCAGAGUGCGAUCGAUGACUUGCUGUCGCUGGGAGUGGGGCAACCUGUUGAACAAAUAACUCCAAAUCCAUGGGGUGGACCAGUUGCUGACCCGUGGGCACCGGCUUCUGGUAUUGCUCCUGCAGCAGUUGUUGGAUCAUCCCUAUACUCAAACAUCCAAACUAUCAAUAAUGAUCCGUGGACGUUAGCACCUCCAACAACCGGGGUAACGGCAAACUCUGUCGACCCAUGGGCUACUGUGCCUUCUCUUACCAGUCAAACUCCCGUUUCCACUGUUGAAGAAAAUGAUUCUAAACAAAGAAGCAGCACUAAAACACCCGAAAGUUUUCUCGGUGAAAAUUCGUCCCUUGUUAAUUUAGACAAUCUGCUUGGAACGACAAGUAAUAAUGCAAAACCAGCCAGCAACCCAUUUCUUUCUGGUACUGGUACAACGGUAUCAAUAAACCCAUUUGUCGCUCAGCAACGCCCAUCACCAUCGCUUAAUGAAAUGAUGAGUCAGAAUCGCAUACCGCCAACAGGAAAUUCCGUCCAGACAACUAUCCAGCCACCACUGGUGCCAGUUCCGGCGUCGGCAUCAACUCAACCUACGAACCCAUUUUGCUAA